AUGAAGCUUCUGUUUAUUUGUGCUGUGUUCUGUUCUUUUCACGUGUCGUUGGGCAAUGACUUGUUCAAAUUUAUUGAUAUCAGUUGGGGCGAUGGGCGAGGUCAGAUGCUUAACAAUAACGAGCUUCUAAUGCUUGGCUUGGACAAAGGCUCUGGCUCUGGCUUUCAGUCCAAGAAUGAAUACUUAUUUGCUAAGGUUCAAAUGCAUAUCAAACUCGUCCCGGGUAACUCUGCUGGCACCGUCACUACCUUCUUUUUAACUUCAAAAGGAGAGUACCACGAUGAGAUAGACUUCGAAUUUCUUGGAAACACAAGUGGAAAUCCUUACAUCCUUCAUACCAAUGUGUUUAGCCAAGGAGUUGGCAACAGAGAGAUGCAAUUCUACCUUUGGUUUGAUCCAACCGCUGAUUUUCAUACCUACACCAUCUUCUGGAAUACCCAACACAUUGUUUUCUACGUAGACGAGAUACCUAUAAGAGAAUUCAAGAACUUCGAAGACAAAGGAGUGCCAUUCCCACAAUACCAAGCCAUGAGAUUACAUUCAAGUCUAUGGGAAGCUGAUGAUUGGGCCACAAGAGGUGGUCUUGAGAAGAUAGAUUGGAGUGAAGCCCCAUUCAGAGCUUAUUACAAGAACUUCAGUGAAGAUGGCUGCUUUUGGUUCAAUGGAUACUCAUCUUGCACUCCCAAUUCAAAUUCAUGGCUGUGGGCAAAUUUUGAUUAUGAAUAUGCAAAGAAGAGCCAAAUGAAAUGGGCACAAGAUAACUACAUGAUCUACAAUUAUUGUCAAGACACAAAGAGGUUCCCACAAGGCUUCCCUCUUGAAUGCUACCUCAACACCUACUAGGAGGAGGUCAACCUUAAAAAACACACAAGAA